CAUAGCACGUCGAAAGAAAGAAAAGAUUAUUUUUAACAAACAGUGAUGAUUUUAUUUUAAUUUUAUUCAAAUUCAUCAAAAUUACUUUAAGUAUUUUAGCUUUAAGUGAUGAAAAAGUAUUUUCCUAACGUAUAACUGUUAUAAUUUCAUCUAUCAUAAUUGUUGUUUUAUGCAUCCUUAAAAUUGUAAUUGUGUGUGAGAUAAGUGUAAUACAAUCGGUAAAAAUGACGGACAGUAAGGCUUUAGUGAUGGCUCCAGUAAAUGGAUUGGUGGACAAGUCCAAAGAACUCCAAAAGGAGAUUCUGAUGGAGAAACUGAGGUCGAAGACUUCACAGUACAAAAAUCUGACAGAGACAUCAAAAGCUGUGCGAAUGGCUUUACUGGACAAGCGAUGGGCGGUGGACAGUGCAGACCGUAUGAUCUUGCAGAAGUGUUUGGACAGCCUGCAGCACUGUAUCAAAGUUAGCUCACUGCAGAGCCUUAUAGAAAGGCUGGAAUGCUUGUCUAGACAACUUGGAUUAAAAUUUGUGGUGGGAACAUCAGGAGUGAAUCUGUUCAUAUCAUCAGACAUGUUUUAUCUUGAGAUCCUCGUUGAGUCAUCAGGAUCUGUUAAAGACGUGAAAAUUCAUCAUGAAGGAAAGAUUGAGCAGCAAAGUUGUGAAGAGCUUGUGGCAUGUAUAUCUCGUGGAGAUUUCGCUGACUUCACUGCACAGUUGGAAGGAUUAACUGCGGUUUAUCAAUUAAAUGCUGAAAAGAAAGUGAAGUGCAAAGCGUUCAGUGCACUGCAGAGCUUGGAGGAAGACUUGUGCACCAUGCGACAGCUGCAGAGCUUCAUCAAGGACCCCUGGGCGCAGGUGCACAAGAGCCCUAUUGGCUUCCUGCAGAGGAGACGAGGAGGCCACGCGAUGCGGCUAACCUACUUCGUGUCGCCGUACGAGCUAUUGGACAAGGACAAAGGCCUACAACCUCUGACGUCAGAGCUGCUCACUAACGGCAAGCCAUGCGCCAACAGUGGGGCGGCGGCCCUGGUCGCGCCUUCACAUACUCCCAUCGGACACUCCGCUACAGUGUUACUUGAAGGCUCCACGGCUAAUAAACUACAGCUCUCGCCUAUCAUAUCCGGCGGGCAACGCGGGGCAAAAGUGAACGGGCCGGUGUACGCGCAGCUGGUGCCACAGAACAGCGCCAUGCUACCAGCCUGCUUCACGCUCAAGCUGUCGCAACCCACGCCGCUCUGCGCCGCGCUCGCCAAGCUCAUACACGCCACUACCGAGGUGGAAGUAGCGGGCGACUGGGCGAACGCGAAACCGAUGUUGGGUCUGGUGGCGCAGCAGGCGUACAACAAGCUGGCCCCCGGGAAGACCAUCGAGCUCAACCUCAGCAAAGGGCUUUUUGUUAACUUGCCAGAACAGACGCAAUGCUACUUCCUGUGCGAGUCUCGCGGGCUGGAGGGCUGCAUGGUGACGAGUGUACCGUUUACACAUCCUUCCCACGUGGCGCCGCUGCUGGCCUGCUUGAGACAACAGGCGCUGUUCAACGCACUGCUGGCCUCUACAGUGCGACUGCAGACUAAACAGACGGUGGACAUAGAAAGCGUGUUGAUGUUCGAAGUGAGCGCGUUGUCAUGGCAACACAUAUCGAUAUCCCUGGAACACCCCUUGGACGAGAGUAUGGCGACGGUAGAGUUGGAGCUGUCCGACCCGGCCGCGCCGCGCGCCGCCGUCUACACGCUCAAUACACCGCCCAGGGACCACAUCGACGAGUACAUCACGAGAGUACUGCAGAAGAGCCACUCCAUACCCAUCACGCUCAGGUCCCUAGUAAAGAUCUGGGAGCGCGAGGCGGCGACGAAGCAAAUGAAUGGCAAUUACUCGGCGCUGGAUUCAAAUUUUAGCUGCGGCGUGGGGGGCAUCGACCCCGGGGGCGAAGUGAAGCCCGAGCCCGGUGCGCGGCCGCUCUACCCCGGCGGGGUCAGCCAUCCGCACCAGGGAGGUUCAUAUCUCUCCGAACAACAGCACCACUUAUCGAUGAUGUGUACUGACGGGGGUACAGAUAUGAAGCCGCAGAACGAAGAACGAAAGUCGAAGAAGCGAAAAUCUGACGGCGACCCGUGGUCCACGGCUCAGAAAAAAGGGAAACCUGGUAUGAGCGAGAUGGGCGAUUCUGGCAGCGACAGCGAUAACUCCGAGAGCUACGUCCAGUAUGAAGACGAAAGCAAUUCGAGUAAUGAGAACAUGGAAGGCCGAGAAUCAUCGGUGUCGCAGAAUGAGUUUGCUUCAGAUUUGGAGCUGUCGGGAAUGGAUGCCACAGAUGCUUUAGGGAACCAGGACAACAGAGCUUCCUCGGACAUGGAUAACUCCAACGAUGGAGAGGCUGAUGACAUGAUCAGGAAUUCUUUUCAGAAGUCUGAUCAUAAAAGGCAAAAGCUAAAAAACAAAGAAGAACGGAGUCGUAACCUGCUCUUGGACUUGACUGAAGGUAAAUCUUACAUGCCUUCUUCCGUAAGCAUUACUCCCAUAGGGACGACCUCCGCGAACCCGCAGAAUUCCGGUACCGGGUCCAGUUUAACCUCGAUGUUGUGUCUCGACCGGCGACCCGGUAUUGAAAUCAUUCCGAUCUCGUCUGCGCCCCCUGCUGCCUUACCAAGCUCCAUCACCAUCACACCGAUAACAUCGUCACAAAUAAAAUCUCUCGAUGACCGCAUCAGGUCUGAGAAGAAAUCAAGUAAGUCUAGUGAGGAGCGCAGCAAAGAGAAGAAGAAGAAAAGACGGAGGGACGACUCCAUGGGUCCGCCGGAGAAGGUGCCACCGAAACAAGACCCUUUGACCAAACCGGUGUCUGUCAGUAUCAAGCCGACUGAUGGCUCACCGAUGCGCUCGUCGUCCCCAAACUCUUUGCUGAGAAAGUUCAGCCCCAGUCCUACACAUGGCAGGUCUGUGUCAAUAACCAAGUCGCCGAGCCCCAGUACCGUCAAAGGCCUGGGCAAGCCCUCGGGGAGUUCAAGCCAUCAUAGUAGUCCGCGACACUCGCCAGUCCAGAACAGUCCCAAACACCUGCCGGGCUACUCGAGUCCAAAAAACCACAGCAUAUCUUCGCCUAAACAUAACUCCUCGAGUUCGGGAAAACCCAGUAUGUCAGCACUGAAAUCUGCUGCCAGUGGCUCCCCGUCAGGCAAGUCCGGGACGACAGGGUACGACUUAUCGAAAAAGAUAUCCAAAGACAGUUACAGUUCCAGCUCAACAAGUUCCAGGGACAAAGAAAAGAAACAUUCCAGUCUUUCGUUUUCUAGUUCUGACAGGAGUAGUCCCAAGUUAAAAAACCCGAUGAAACUAAAACAACUCGAAAUAACCCCCGUGACCUGCGACAGUCCGGUGACUGAGCCGUUGAUCUCCCCACCAAAUGUAGAAGUGAACAAAUCUGCGCCGAGUCAAGCUCGCAAUAGGAAAGGUUCCCUCAGUGCUGUGAUAGACAAACUAAAAUCUGCUCAACAUUGUGGCACAGAUAGUGAACUAGGAGUCAAGUCUAGCUCGUCCAGUACUAACAAAUUUUCCGAUUCAAAAAACUCAACACCUAGCAGUACGAAAAUAAGUGAAAGUAGUAAAAAUCAAGAGUACAUGGUAAAACCCAGCUCAGACGGAAUGAAGAUCACUAUAAAUAAAACGGGUAGGUCGAAAGAAUCUUCUAGUAGCAGUUCAAAACUAAACUAUAGCAGCUCAAGCUCUAGCAAGCAAUCCUCACCUCAAUUGACCCCACCCAGCCAGGGCUCGCCCAAAACUCACACAGGCCUCAAACCGGGUGUUAUAAGCGGACCCGCUUCGAAGAAAACUCAGGCGAUGCAAUCAUCCAAGUCUAGUAAUGUCACCCCCACCUCUACACCCCCAAAAGCUAACAUGAGUCCGUCGGACUCCUCUAGCAAUCCAAGCACCGCGCCUAAAGUGCCUUAUUCCAAAUCAUCCAGCUCCGCUAGUGCCGGCAUAAACUUGUCCAAGUCCGCUUCCAAACCAAGCUCCGGUUCCCCUAAGAGUAGUAGCACCGAUCUGUCUAAAAUAAUUAGGGACAGAGAGCGAGAAAAAUCUAAAACAAAGCUCAUGAGUAACUCUGAACGUUCCAUAUUUUCUUCCAAGUCUGAGCGACAUUCCAGCCCCAGCGGCUCGAGAGACGACGGUGACGGAGAUAGGUUCAAGACAUCUAAAGAUGCCAAUUUCCUGGUAGAAGGUUUGAUCAAACCACUCGACACAAGUAAAUUUCAAAUUCCUAAACUAAAGAAUCAAACUACCCCGGAUAAAAACAGUCCCGUAUCACAAUACGACAGUCGUUCCAUGGUGAAUGACUUCGCACGUAGCUUAGAGCAAAAUAAGUACUCGUUUCCUCACUUCGACAAUCCUAACUCUAGAACCCCGGAAUCUCUGCAGAAAUCUUCAUACCCUUUAAACGUUCCCAAACCGCUCCUAAACAUGGGGUCCAUGAGUCCAAAGACCGUUCCGCCCGUAAAAGGGGACCAAUCGAAUCCUAUAGAAUAUUCUAAAGCUAUAUCGGACAGUAUAGCGAAGGGCGAGAGUCCGCAACGAAAAGACGACCCGAAAGAGGGAUACGGCAGUUCGUACCCACUGAUGCCGUUGGAUUUUAAGACUGAGAUGGCGAAAGGGUUCGUGGCGCCGAAGGGGAGCGAGGACAGGAAAGGGGCGGAGUCGUGUAUGAAGCCGCCGGUGAGCGGGGCGGUGCCGCGUAGCGGAGCCACCACGCCGCAGGAGGCGGCCGAGAUGCUGCUGGACUUCUCGUCGUCGUCGGGCAGCAAGGUGUCGGGGCUGGUGGCGGUGCGGCCCGUGUACCCGGCCUCGCCCGCGCUGCUCGCCAAGAGCCCCGCGCCCUCGCCGCUGGUGGCGCCCUCGCCGCACUCCAACUCGCCCUGCAUCACCGACGACGAGCUCAUGGACGAGGCUCUCGUCGGCCCCGGCAAGUGAACGCCACACACGGUCACACUCGCCGCACGAGCCGUGACCGCCGACACAAGUACAAGCGAACAUGCCUCACUCUGACUCUACUCAAAUCAUCUGUACAAUCCGCAACUCCCGUUGUUUUAGCCUUUUAGGGUUGUAUUGUAAUUGUGUUAUUUAUGACGUAUUUAUUUUAAGUCUUAAUAUCGAGGCGAAGGAAGUUUUUUUGUCUAUGUAGAUAUUAAUAUUGUUAAUGUCCUUUUGAAUUGUGUCUACGUGAUGAGAUGACCGCUUAUAUUGUUCUGAGAUACGAAUUGUCAUUAGGUGUAGGUAGUUUUUUUUAUUUAUUGUUUUAUGAAUCCAGCAUAACACAAACAUAAUAUAACAUAAGCUCACGACUAUAUUCUCAAUUGGAGUAGUCAGAGGUCAAUUCAUCGCUUGAUGAACCUCAGUUUGUGGGUACUCAACCCACAUCUCACCGAGCAAUCCAGUAGUAGUUAUAAAUACAUCGGAAAGGAGGUGACUCCACGUUAUUGUUGAACAGAACCAUUUUAUUGUAACUGCCAUGAAUUUUAAAUUGUAAUACAAUCUAGCGUACAAUGUAUUUCCUGAAUUAUUGUAAUAGAGUAUGGGGAUUACGAGCAAAUAGUUUUACAUUUCAUGUAAAUAUGAAAAUCAAUAAUAUAUUAUGAUUAUUAAAUCAAUAAGGCAUUUAUGCUUUUAGUUGAGAAUUUUUUAGUAAUAAAUGUAUUGAAAAAC